UCCAUUCAGCUGUGGUCUGCAGGUGUUUUGAGGUUUUCCAAUCAAGUCAUGCCGGAGGAACUCCAAAAACAAACUGUCUUGUGGCUGCGUUGUGUUAAGGAGGACACUUUGUCUUCUACAGGAGCUUUCAUCCAUGUGAUGCAGUCUUCAUCAGCAAAUGAAAGAUUCAUCGCCAUGUCAACUGAGUAAACUUCACCUGCUGAAAAACAGCUGAAAGCUCCAGAAAAAGCUAUGUGCACCUAACCGGAGAAAACUUCAACACACUCCACGCCCAUAAAAUCUGUACAGAGGCGGGAUGAGGAGGAUGAGGAGGUGGGGGGGCGGUGGUUUGAGUCCAGUGUCUGAUCAGACGUACAAACACUCCUCCAGGACGCAGGACGCACGGAGGACGCGCGUAAAAGCGACCCGAGCUGCUUCGUUUCCACAGCGAACGACAAAAGUUUAAACUCCUCCAGCGUGUCCUGAAGUUAACGUGGACUUUGUUUGGUUUUCUAGGUGCGACUCGUUGUUUUUGAACCUCAGUUACACAGCGGGUUUAUUCUCGUCUUGCGACAACGGAGCUGUGUUUCCUAUGAUGCUCGGAUAUCACAGGAGUGUUUCCUCCACGCUUUGGACGCAUAAUGUGAGGAUUUGUGUCGGAAUAAACAAGGACGCUGCGUAAAGGAAAACCCUGAUCCCCUCUCAGUGUGACCAGUGAAGCUCGUUUCUAUCCCCUCUGAAGUUCGGAAUGGGGCUGUUCACUUUGCUUCUUGUUGCUUUUUUGGGCUCAGCUGAAGGUUCCUCCCUUCGCUACUCAGACGGUCAGUCCAGCCGUCUCUCCCUGGAGAAAACCUUCGGCAGAUCGGUCAAAGACUCACAGUGCCAACACAUGUUGAAGCACCUUCACAAUGGAGCCCGAAUCACUGUGCAGAUGCCUCCCAACGUAGAGGGUCACUGGGUGUCCACCAGCUGUGAGGUGAGACCAGGCCCAGAGUUCUUGACACGCUCCUACAGUUUCUUCUCCAACAACACCUUCCAGGCUCACCAGUUCUACUACGAGGACAACCACUGCACCAAACCCACCUACACUCUGGUAAUCCGUGGUCGUCUGCGCUUACGCCAGGCCUCCUGGAUCAUCCGCGGUGGGACGGAGGCGGAGUACCAUCUCCAUCGCGUCCAGAUGGUUUGUCACACAGCGUCUGUGGCCAAAGAGCUCAGCCAGAGGUUCAACCGCAGCUGCAGAGGGGCCGUAAAGGGCCCCUGGGAACCAAAUGUAAUCUACGAGCUGUGGGGCGAGGAAGGCAGCUUCGACUGCUCCAGGGAGCUUAACUUUGCCAUGCAUGAGCUGCAGCUGCUGAGGGUAGAGAAGCAGUACCUGCAUCACAACCUGGAUCACCUGGUGGAGGAGCUGUUUCUAGGAGACAUCCACACCGAGCCGUCACAGAGGCUCUACUACAAGCCGUCCAGCUACCAGAUGGCUCUGCAAAAUGCCAAGAACCACGACCACGGCUGCAUUGCCUGUCGCAUCAUCUACCGCUCCGAUGAGUUCCACCCUCCCAUCCUGCCGCCGCGGGCCGACCUGACCGUCGGGCUGUACGGUCAGUGGGUGAGCCAGCGCUGUGAAGUUCGCCCCGAGGUCCUCUUCCUCACCCGUCACUUCAUCUUCCACGACAACAACCAUACCUGGGAGGGCCACUACUACCACUACACUGACCCCGUGUGUAAACAUCCCACCUUCACCAUCUACGCCCGCGGACGCUACAGCCGAGGCCUUCACUCCACCCGCGUCAUGGGCGGGACGGAGUUUGUCUUCAAAGUCAAUCACAUGAGAGUGACUCCCAUGGACUUGGCCACCACGUCCCUCCUCAACGUCUUCAAUGGUAACGAGUGUGGAAUCCAGGGGUCCUGGCAGGUCGGGGUGGAGCAGGACGUCACCGUAACAAACGGCUGCAUAGCGUUGGGCAUCCGACUCCCUCACACAGAGUACGAGCUUUUCCGCAUGGAGCAGGACGCCCACGGCCGCUACCUGCUCUACAACGGCCAGCGUCCAAGUGACGGCUCCAGCCCGGACCGACCGGACAAGCGGGCCACCUCCUACCAGAUGCCUCUGGUGCAGUGCUCAGCAAGCAGCCAGGCGUCCGACCACAGCAGAGCGGACGACGGCGACAUGCGUCUGCUGCAUCGCAAUGACUGCACGGGAUGUCACAGAGGCGGCGAGAAACUCGUCGCCGUGGCGCUCGUCGCGUUCGUCACGUCUCUGCUUCUCAGCUGAGCGGUUUCUACGUAAAGACACAACAAAGAGUGUGGAUUACAUGAGCGAGACUGCUUGUUUAAAAAAACAGCAAAUUUAAAACUUCUUAUGUGAAAGAGGAUGAAGACUGGUGCCCUCGAUCCUCUGAACGUUUUCCCAGCUACCAAAGGACUUGACACUGCUGCACCACAGGAACUGCACUUUAGCGUGGAACCAAAGAUCAAGCGGUCUGCUGUGUUUCCACAAAUAUACAAAGAUGUCUAUAUAGCCACACAGACCUGAGAGUAUGUUUUUAUACAGUGUAUUUACCUAUAACUAUCAAGUCAUUUCUUGGUACUAAAAAAAACACAAUUUGAUGUGUGGAAACUUUUUUUCUAUAAUGAACUCUUGACAAGAAGUUCCACAUCUCGAGGUGGAUCGUCACAGUUUACAGUAAAAAAAAGAAAGAAAAGGGAACGACAGUACUUAUGAUUUCUUUUAACAUUUCCUCACAGGACGGUGAACUCAGCAGCUGGUCUUUAUCAUCUUUUCCACGGUAACAUCACAUUUAUUUUGAAUACAAUAAAAACUCAUCUGCUGCCAAUUAUCUUCCAUUACAGAGACGUUUGUGCAUCAGAUAACUGCGUCUUCA